AAUAAAAGUACAACAAAGUCUGAAUAAAAUAUCCGAUUUGUCAUCUCAUGUAUCUACUCGUAAACGGACAACGGUUGAAUUAUCUCUUCACACAUUUUCAGUUUAAUAGACAUUUCUUUGCCAACCCUUUGAAUCACUUUGAUGAAUCAUAAUGAAUUCUAAAUUUUCAAAUAAUUGGACCUGUAGUAUAUAAAUUUUCUAGAUGGUUUUUAUUUCAUAGAUGGCAGAAUUGUUACAGUCUGGGUACUUUCAUAAAGCUGUAGAUGCAGAUUUAUAUUUAAUGUGAAGAUAAGGAAAAAAAUGUCAACAUGAAAACGACAUGAAUAGAAAAGGACGUAUCUGAUGCGUGAUACGUAUGGCUGUUUUGUGUGGACAAGCGUAGUAACAAUUAAGGAAGGAUUCUGCAGGUGCGGAGAGGUUAAUGUACAACGGAAGCAUUGAAGUUAGUAUAUUGUUUGAAAGGUUAUUCAGCAAAUCGUGAAUAUGAUAAUAUUGUGGAGUGGUGUUUGUGUUUCUCUGAAGAUGCUAAUCUUGGUAUAUGCAGCAGAGACAGACUUGCGACCCAAUAUUGUGAUUAUAAUGGCAGAUGAUAUGGGUUGGGGAGAUAUUGGGGCCAACUGGCCUGAGACGGUGGACACCCCGAAUAUUGACAGUCUGGCACGGGAAGGUCUCAGGUUAACAGAUUUCCAUGCAGGGGCAUCUGUAUGCACUCCUUCACGAGCAGCCCUUCUGACUGGCCGUUUAGGUCUGCGUACUGGUCUUACCAAGAAUUUUGGACCAGAUUCAUUAGGUGGUAUACCUACCAAUGAGACCACAAUUGCAGAGAUUCUAUCUAGUGCCGGAUACAGAACUGCAAUGCUGGGAAAGUGGCAUCUUGGUACCCGACCAGGACACCAUCCGCUGGAUAAAGGGUUUCACUCAUACUUAGGUGUCCCCUACAGUGUAGACAUGGGGUGUGCUGAUCCUCCAGGGAUGAACUUUCCUCUUUGCCCAGGUUGUCCUGAAGAUAACAGUGUGUAUCACUGUGCUUCCGCACUGUCCAACUGCAUUAUGGAUCCCGCACUGCCUCUGUAUAGCAACCGUUCCAUUGCACAUCAACCAGUGAAACUGGCAGACCUAGCCACAAUGUAUGCUGAAUUUGCCAGCAACUUCAUUCGCAGUACAUCUUCCGUGCCUUACUUCCUUUAUGCUGCACUGUCACACAUGCAUGUACCACUGGCCCACGGCCAUAGAUACGACAAUGUGACCAGGCGAGGAGAAUAUGCAGACACUCUCCGAGAACUAGAUGGGCUUGUGGCAUCUAUCUUAUCUGCUGUGAAGCAGACAAACAACAAUACUCUUUUUUGGUUCACAACUGACAAUGGGCCAUGGGAAGAGAAGUGUGGUCUGUCAGGUUCUGUUGGUCCAUUCAUUGGGAUGUGGCAGGCUUCUCCCAUGGGAGGUGGUGGAGGUGCGGUAGCAAAGAAGACAAUUUGGGAGGCAGGGCAUCGUGUACCAUCCAUCAUAUAUUGGCCCGAGCACACUGAGGCUGGAACUGUGUCCAAUGCUCUGACAUCAAGUCUAGAUAUACUACCCACACUGGCUAUGCUAGCAGGAGUGAAGAUUCCUGGGGACAGAUAUUUUGACGGAGUGGACAUGACAUCUGUCAUCACUGGUUCUGCCCACAGUAUCAGAGAGGUGUUGUUCCAUCCACACAGUGGGAAUGGAAAGGAAGGGGAAAUUGGUGCGGUACGUAUUGGGAGCUACAAAGUUGUAUAUUACACCGGAGGGGUUCCUGAUUGCUUUGGACACUCAGGGCCAGCACAAAGCCAUGCGGAUUCUCCACUAGUGUUCAAGCUUGAUGUUGACCCAUCAGAGAGCUCCCCUCUUGAACACAACAGCAGUGAGUACGUUGUUGCAACGGAAUUGGCAAGAAUGGCUCUUAGGAGUUUACAGGACAGUAUCCGGGCUGACAACACAAGUACAGUUGACUACAGUAGGAGUCAUGAUGGAUGGGUUUGUUGUAACAAAAAUAGCCCCAUUUGCCGUUGUCCUUGGGACUAGAUGAUGCCAUACAAGAUGGAAGAAAACUCAUCUAAGACAACAUUUUCCUAUACAAGAAUCUUCAGUUUACAGAAUAAUAUACUAAUCUUGUCUCAUUUCAGUCAGUAUCUAAUUAUUUAGUACAUAAAAUCGUUUGGGUUUCCCAAUUCUCACCAGCUGUGAACCAGACAAAGGUGUCACACUGUAUUCUGCCACUUCAGUUCCAGACAGUAGACAAUCUCGAAAAUAUUAAAAUUUUUUUAUAUGGGUACAACUGAUGGUUAUAGAAAGCUUCAUUAAUAAUUGUCAAUUUUUUUCUAACCGAAUUCACAUAAGAUUUUACGAACCUCAGUAGCAGUUCUGUCUGUACCAUCCUCAACUGAGAAUUGAACUGAGAAUCCCCUAGCUAUGAGUCACAUUGCUGUAUACCUUCUGAAUAUAUCAGAACUGUCAUGUCAUGCAUAAUGUAGUAGAACGCAGUAAAUUAAAUACUUCCUCUCACAUCCAAAAUCUUAAAAAGACAGUGUAUAAAGAGCAUCAAUAUUAUGUACUGCGGCAGUGAUAGUGAAUUGAGUGAAUAACAGCUAAGUACUAAAAAUAUCUUCUAUUUUUAACCGUAAUUCGCUGCACAUGAUCUCAUUUUAGAUGAAAGACUUGUUUAUUCUGAAUAACCAGAAAAAAUCACACAAAGAAAUUUUAAUGUUUGAUUCUCAGAAAGCAAAUGAAAAGAGGAGUGUAACAUUCACACUUGAAAUUAUUUUUCAAUAAAAAAUGUUUAAUUAUCAGCCAUUAUGCAGUGUUUAAAAUGUUUUCAUGUGUGUUAUCCUGUAUGGCUUCCUUUUCUCAGUUGAAAAAACAUAAUUAAGAAUUUCUAAGAAAAUCAGGAGGGACUGGAAUUGAAAUAAACAUAUUCUCUUAUGCUUUCUGCUGAUGAUUUUAAAAUACUAUACAAGAACAAGAAAGCCACAAAGAAGAACAGGGAGCUCUAUUACUCGUAAAUGGUAGUCAUGAGCUUGGUUGGGAGGAAAUUAGAUGAUGUCCUAUCACCACAGUGCAGGACAAAAUCAUCAGGUGGGAUAAUUAUUUGAGAACAUGGCUAGAAAGAAAAGAAGAUGGAGAAAUUUGAAUAAUGAAUAGGUUCAUAAUUUGUACCCUUUUACAAUAUUAUAUUUAAGCAUCCUGUUACACUCUGCACAGGGAGCCUACACAGAA